AUCCGAUGUGUCAAAACAGUUCAAGCACGUUGUACGUUCAAAAAAACUAUAUUGUGAACGUAAUUCAGUGUUUUAAAAAUAUGUCCACUAUUGAAUCAAAAGAAAAGACCGUAGUAGGAGUAUCUUCAUCGAAACAAGAUAUAAACGAUAUCUUCGACGAUAUUGCAUUGUAUGAAGAUCGAAUAAGCGAAGAAGGUUAUCAAAAAGGUUUGGAAGCGGGCAAAUCAAUUGGAAACACCGACGGUUAUCAUUUGGGCUAUCAUCGCGGUGCCGAACUGGGAGCUGAACUUGGCUACUAUUAUGGUGUAUUGCAGUCGCAUUUAAACAGUGAACGGAAUACAGAACGUCAACAAAAGUCUAUCGACGCCGUUCUAAAAUUAAUCGCCGAUUUUCCGCGCACAAAUCACGAA